UGCACUCACGUUUGACCCCGAAGGAAGGAAAACAUCACCGCGCAAUCCAUGGUGUGGUGCCCACCUUCAAUUUCUCUCCACCCCACCUCUCCUCUUUGCAGAAGAUCUCCUUCGAAACAUGGACCAGCGGGAAGCUUGGGAUCGCUUCUACGCCCGGAGGGAGAGAAACGGAUCUCCCCGUCCGUUCGACUGGUUCUUUGGCUACAAAGAGAUCUCAACGCUUCUCGGCUCUGUUCUUGGGAGACUGACCCCUGGCCGGCUCCGGGUCUUAGACGUCGGCUGCGGCACGUCGUCCUUGGGCUUGGAGCUCUACCGACGCUCGCCCGUCCAACUUCACGUCUCUUGCCUGGACUUUUCCUCCGCAGCCGUUCAGUGUCUUUCUCGGAUGCGGCGGGAGAGCCCCCCGCCGUGCCACCCGCUCUCCAAACUGGAAUGCUACCUGGGCGACGCCACCGAGCUGUCCCGCCUCUUUCCUUUGGGGUCUUUCCACUUGGUUUUCGACAAAGGGACCUGCGAUUCGGUCCUGCGGGGAUGCCCGCAGCGAGCGAGACACUUAGUGUCCGAGUGUCUACAAGCCCUGAGGCCAGAAGGAUGUCUCGUCCAGAUCUCCGACGAGGAUCCGGACGCCAGGGUGCCGUUCCUGGAAACGGCCGGCGAGGCCAACAUCAGCAUCAGGGAGAUCGCCAACGUUAGCGGCAUCUCGUAUUAUGCUUACAUGCUCAGACCCAAAAUGUUCUGAGCCAGUUCCCCAAACACAACAAACCCUCGGAAAGUGAAGUCAAAAGAUUCCUUUAUUAGGAACGUCGGCAGCCCCGGCAAAAAUUUCUCACCGCAGGCUAACAAGUCCGUCUGUCU